AUGGAGAAGCACAAGGGUGCUGCUGCCGACCAAGCCGCCGCCGACCAAGCUGCUGCCGACCAGCAGGCCGCUCAAAAGGAGAAGCAAAAGGGAGCUGCUAACGACCAAGCCGCCGCUGACCAAGCCGCCGCCGACCAGGCCGCUGCUGAACAGCAGAACAGCUGCAACAUUGGUGCUGACCAGGCUGCCCAAGAUGCUGCUAACCAGCAAGCGGAGUUGGCUAAGGGAAUGCAAGACGCUGCUGCCGGUGGAGCUGCUCAAGCAGGAAAUGCUACAGCUGGCGCUGGCGGUAACAACGGCAAGGGUAAGGGUAAGGGCAAGGGUCAUGGCAAGAACAAUGGCAAGAACAACGGCAAGGGCAACGGUGCCAACGCUCAAGAUGGAGCCGAUAGGGGUGCUGGUAUGGAUGCUGGUGCUGCCGCUGAUGCACAAGCUGGAGCCGACGCUGGUAUGGGUGCCGACGCCCAGGCCGGUAAGGGCAAGGGCAAGGGCAAGGAUGCUGACGCUGCUGCUCAGGCUGGCAAAGACGCUGGUAUGGGUGCUGGAGCUGCCGCUGAUGCACAAGCUGGAGCUGGAGCCGACGCUGGUAUGGGCGCCGACGCUCAAGCUGGCAAGGGCAAGGGCAAGGGUGCUGACGCUGCUGCUCAGGCUGGCAAAGACGCCGGCAUGGGUGCUGGGGCUGCCGCCGACGCUGGAGCUGCCGCUGAUGCUCAGGCUGGCAAAGACGCUGGCAUGGGCGCUGCCGCCAACGCUGGAGCUGCCGCCGAUGCUGAGGCUGCUGCUGGCGCUCAACAGCAGAAGGCUUCAGGCAUGAGGCGCAACGCGAGGAGGACAAUUGCCUUCCGUGCCUAA